CUUAUUUGUAUUCAGUAUUUGUAUUUCAGUUGUCACUGUCUUGUCGCUAAUUAUAUUGUCUUCUACUGUUGCCUUCUGGUUUCUACUGUACGUACUAAUGUUAUAAUAAUUUUAUAAUGUUACAUCUUAUAUUAUAAUCUGUGAUCUUAAAUUGUCGUUUUGGAAAAAUGAUUAUGAAUACAGAAUUCUGAAUGCAAAAGAUCCAGCAUUCAGCAACUAUUUCAAUAAAUAGUUGGCGUAGUUUUUGUUAAAAAAAGAGAGUGACAAUAAAAACUAUUUAAAAAGUAAUAAAUUUUAUUAUACGAGUUGAAUCAUUUGGAUCUAGUUCAGCAACUGACUAUAGUAUUGCAAUCAUGUACAUUUUGGAAAAUUUCUUCAAAGCAUUGCGAUUGUUUAUCCGGACCCAUGUGGAUCUUGACAUUGACAUUAAAUUGCCAAUGAUAAAACACCACAUUAACGGGCACAUCCGUUUCUAUUCAACUAAAGAUUUACAAAACGUUGUUGAAAAGUUAGUGGAGGACUUGACAAUUGUUGAACGAUGCUCAUGGUCUUCAGAUUAUACAUCAAUAUGGUUAAAAAAAGAAUUAUGGACAUCCACAGUGAUGAAAGAGAUAUUAAUAUCUGGCUGUAAAUAUGGUAGCAAUGAUGAUCACCAAGGCACUGUAGUUUCAGUCAGUUCUGAUGAGUGUAACGAUUCAGUUACAUGCUUACGCAUUGCCCUAUUGAAAGAAGCAAUUCAAAAUAUGGCCAAAACAAAUGGCUAUACGAUAGGAAGUAAUGGACUGCAUUUAUUGGUGUCGAAAAAAAACAAGCCAUGCAACGAUAAUCUUAUAUUGUGUGGUAAUGUUGUUUGUAAUGUGACAGCCAAACAGUAUAAACAGCGAAAACAAGAGGCUAUUACUAAAAUGUCUGCUAAUCGUAUUGAAUCUGAUGAAUAUCCAAUUGAUAUCAUUUCAAAACUAUGCCAUGCAUCAAUUGUCUAUGAAUUAUUAAGUGUCCGUCAUUGUAAAGUUAUUAAUACAGAAUGUGAUACAUCAAAUAAAGACAGUGGUAUUUUCAUAAUGUACAAUUAUUCAAGGCUGUGUCAAGUAUGGAAAGCGUAUGAAAAAGGCGUUAUUGAAAAUCACUAUGAACCUUUACCAGACAUUGGUUCAAUUAACUUUGGAUUGUUGACUAGUAAAGAAGAAUGGAUUUUAAUUCUUAACCAUUUAUCAGUGUUUCCUUUGGUUAUUCAACAAUCUGUUGAACACUUGUUGUCAGCAAAUGUGGAUGUCCAUAGAUUGUGCAAGUUUUUGAUGGAAAUGUCAUCUGCGGUUAGCCUAUUUUAUCAUAGGCAUCAUAUUUUAUCAGACCCGAUUUCAAGUUUAUUACCGCUGAUGUAUGCUCGAUUAUAUUUGGUCAAAUCGUCAAUACAGGUGUAUGAAAAUGUUUUCCAAUUAUUAGGUAUCGAAGCUGUAAGCGAAAUGUGAAUGGUACUUCGAUAAAAUCGUCAUUGAAGCUAAUGCUGCCCAAUUGUCAUGAAAUAAUACUAUAUUGCCAAACUUAACCGUCACGUUAUAAAUUGAUGACUUGUUUAGUCAAUUUUAUUAUGUUACAAAUAAUUAUAAUACAAUAUGAAAUUAUUUCAAAAUGUGUUUA